AUGGUAGGACAAUUGGACUGCCCAUUCGAAGCGGAUUUUGUGCGAGCCAUCUUCAAAGGCAACCACACACUUUUCAUUGGGGAUUCCCUAAUGCGCGGGGUCUACAAAGAUUUUGUCUGCAUGAUCGAAUCCCGCGACGAGCGCUUGCUGACAGAGGAACAGGGCAAAGCGCUACAAGAACCAUCUAUCUACGGUGAUCGACAGGUGCGUGGCCUCGGAAAAUUGAUUGACAUCGAGCCGUUUAAAAAUGAUCGUGUCGCCGUACAGGCCCGCGAAUACCACACGCCGGAUUUCCUGCUACAGUUCCAUUUCACGACUAGCUACGACGCGAUCGCCACUCGACUCGAUGAAAAUACGGACGAUAGAGAUGGCGUUCGGACCCAACGAAAAGUCCUUGAAGAAUACGAAACGCGGGCCGGAGUGCUCUUCCAGCGCCUAAAGCUCGUCCUUCCGGCUAGUUCUGCGGUUUUUGUUGUGUUGAUGCCACAUGUUGUACCUGAGCGCGGAAGAUUUUUACCUCGUUAUGACGGCGACACCUUCCACAACAAAGAUUUACUGAGGGCCUUCUUCACGAAGGCGCAGUCCCAGAUGGCCCAGCUAGCUAGACUACAUGGAUUUUCGGUGAUCGAUCUCGACUUUCUCAUGCGCUCUCCACAUCUAGAAGAUCUACGGGCCAACGAUGGAGUUCAUUGGAAGCCGGAAGCGCAACGUCUGAUGAAUCAAGCGAUCAUUGCGCAUCUCGUCCGCGACUUUGACCUGAAAGUACCGCCAUCGACGAGCAGACGCUGGGAUCGCCUCUUCAAAGAUUGCUUCGACGACCCGGAUCUGAUGUGUGGAAAGUAUUUCGAGGCAAUGCUGACCAAGCUAAACAAAGUGCCAAACCAUGUGAACAGGGAUGAUUUGCCGAAAAAGGAGUUCGAGGAUGACGAGGAGAACAAGGACAAAAAGAUUUUGCCCGUAAGCGGCUACAAGCCCUACUACGUAAGGGAGCAAGAUGUCUUCCAGAGAUUGACCUGGAAGCGAUUGGAACCAGCGAAGCGCGAGGCUAUUGGUGAGGACAUCCAGACGAUGCGCAUGACGUUGCUCAUACAGAAGAAUGUUCGUCUCGAAGAGCAGGAUCAUCCCGCAUUUGAGAGCAGGUUGUCGAAGGGCCAACAGGCUCCCGUGCAGCCAGGCCGACGUGCCUUCCCCGAAGCGGGGUCCGUCUUGGGCGUCAAGGCGGAUUACCAGCAUUUGGAAUGGGAAGACUGUCGGCCAGCGCCCGAAGCCGGUGCUUCAGAUACCUCCAAGAGCGUGCCGCAAUCGUCAAAGCGUGGCAAUGGACAACCGUGGUUCCCGGCGGCCGCGAUGUCCUCCUCAUCAACAUCUCACACCAGCACGCUGUCGGCCGGCCUGCCUUCUGAUCGGGAGAUUGAACUUCUCGUCGAUACUGUUCGAGGAAACCCCUCAAGGAACAGGAACGCUUCCCCAUUGCCUCAUCAGCCGAGAAAUAAGGAGCGCCCUUCGGCCCGUAAGAUUGCUACGGUCUCUCCGAAGACCGUGAAGACACCAAGUCCAGUUGAGCGGCUUUCGCUGACCGGUGAGAAUGUCAAUGAGGCAAGCGGCCAGAUGCAGAACCCGGGCGCCGUUGUAACAGGACUGGUCGCCAAGGCUCUUCCUACCGGAAACACGGCACCAAAAGUUAAAGAGAUAAACGUCACCGAGGAAGUGGCUUCCUUCUCCGCUCUCACCCUCCUCGAGCAACCAGAUCAAUUGGAUCUGAAGACCAAUCACCUGUUU